AUGGCGCCCACGAGCAAUGUCAAGCAGAUAACGAUAGCCAGGGCUCAAGUUGGCCAGGUCAUUCAAUCUGAGACCUGCUCAUCCUCGCCAAGCAGUUCAUCUUCUUCAAGUAGCCCGUCUGCACCAGGUAGCCCAUCUUCCUCGAGCGACUCGGCCGUUUCAAUCGGAAACAAGAGAAGCUCGAGGGCCGCCAACAACGAACCCCCCAGGAAGCGUCAUAAGCCUCAGCCCGACAGAGACUCACAGAUAGUUAAAGCGCCCAACAACAACAAGGUGAUAAUCGAAGCGCCGCUCUUGACAGAUUUCACCAAGAAGUAUGGAAUUCCCAUAAGUCAAUUCGUCUGGGGACCACGUGAGGCAACUCCUGAAGAAGACUCAUUUGACGAAGAUGAGACGGCACCUCCUCCUGCUAUCCCCAACGCCUACCAACGGGAUCCAAGUUCGCGUCGAGGUAGAGCUCUGGUGCUGCUGCCGAGGAAUAUCAAUCCCAUUCCGGCCCGUUAUCGAAACCGUGCUCAACAAGGUCGCCGCGGGGUUAUCCGCAGUUCCCCAGCUCCAGCUCCAGCUCCAGCUCCAGGGCCUCGGCCUAGACUCCCUAUCAGGAUCAAGGUCAAGAACCCCAGACGUCUCAGCUUCAUGGGCCUUCCCGCCGAGGUUCGUGAACAAAUCUAUCGAGGUCUUCUUUUGUCGGACAAACCUAUUCUUGUUUACGAUAGCUGGAGGCGCGUGUACCAGCGAAAGAACCCUGGCCUUGACAUCAGCAUCCUCAUGGUGUGCAAGAAAGUCUUUGUCGAAGCGAGAGGCGUCAUGUACGGCGAGAAUAUCUUUCUCUACCUUCUUCGGGAUGCGCCUACUCAAUAUCACGGGAUGACCAACAUCCAGGACCUAGUCAAUGACGACAUAUAUGUCCCUGAGCCUGGCAUGAGAGACCAGGAAAACAUCGCCGACAGAGACGCCAAUCCUUUAGCACUGCCAGUCCACGAGCCUGGGACUAUCGACACUGCCAAAUACGCUCAAUACUUUCGCUUCAUCACGGUCAAGGCCGACCCCAGUCGCUCCACUGCCAUUACGAAGGAAUUUAUGGUCGAUGCUAUCAAGAUGUUUGCCAAGACCCCUUAUAAUGCCAACAUCCACACGCUCAAGAUCGUCAUCAGCCCCAGGCUCGAACAAGGCAAAUUUACCUUUGUCGAUUUUUUCGAGCCAACCUCGGAGCUGAUGAUCGCAUUGAGGGCACUACCUUGUGAGAGAAUACAUGUUCAGAUCUUGAACGAGCAUCUCAACAAUGGUGCUUGGCCCUCCUCGACUGAUCUCAUUCUUCGUACCCACCAACUGCGAUUUCAUAGGCAACUCGUGUUGCAGGCGCGAGAGGACAAAAGAGAGGAUGAAAGCGAUGACAGAGACGCCAAAGGUCAGAGCAGGGAUCUUUUCAGAACGGAUGCUAAGAUGAGGAACUUCCGCUACAACAAGCUCUGUUGGAUCCAACAGAGAAUGGCCCAGCUCAGCAAAUCCAUUCUCCAGGUUUGCGAGAAGUCCGCCAAGAACGACGAUGGCGAGCAGAGCAACGCUGGCGGUGCUCCAUCUGGAGCGACUGACGAUGAUGAAGACGAUUUGCACAUCCAGGAACACGAUGAGUGGGAGGAGAGUGAGGACGAAGAGGACGAAGACCAGGAGUCGGACUACGAGCCUGAAGACGAAUUUCUAUGA